GGAGCCUGGGAUUUGUCAGUUAUGUUUUGUCAGUACGGUAGAAUUAAAAAAAUGUUUUCACAGUAUCUCUCCAUCUGAGGUGGCAGCGUGCUCUCUUACCAGUAUGAGGAGCUCAGGGCCACGGGAUGGUGCUGGCUGAAUGCACUGCCAUCAAAUCAGCUGAGCUAGUCACUGCAGGUGCCCUCACCUCCAGUGGUAUCCAUCCAGACACCAGCACUGACACUGGUCGUGCUCAGAACUGCCUCGGCCCUGAAGACACAACAGAGAAAUAGAAGGGGGCCGCUCCCUGUUACAGCAGGUGCUCUCACUCUGUGGGUCCUUAUGUAACUGCGCGGUGUUAAUCAGGAUCACCCGUUCUACACUAUGUGGCGCUGCUGCUGUGUCUCCUAGUUACUUGUUUCUUGUAAGAAUGCCGGUGACCGAGUUAGAAGCAUGCUUCCAAGCUGUCCGUGUCCUCGGCAUCAAGAAGUGGAGCCUGGAAGCUUCCGAAUUUCUCCAGAAUGCUGUCUACAUUCACCUUAGGCAACGUUCCGAGGAGAGAAUUCAGCAGUGCAGCCUCCUCUCCGAGCUCUACGAGUUGAUCGGCUUCCACUGCAAGUCCGCCUCCUUCAAGAGGGUGGCCCCCGUGCGGCGCGCGGCCCCCGGCCUCCCGGAGCCUGGCGGGAAGGCCUGCUCCCGCCUCCUCCUGCAGACGCUUCCUGGCUACAGUCUGUCGCUGGACCUGCAGGACUUCACAUACACGCAGCUCUACAUGAAAAUCUCAACCGUUACCAACCGCUCAGUGCAGCCCGAAGCAAUGGACAGACUGCAGAGUCCCCUGGCGGCUCAUCGUGGUGACUUACACCACUUGCAGGAUUAG